AGGGCAACCAUAUCAAGAAAAUUUUCAAGAUUUGCUUGUAGCAAGAAAGACAAGCUUUUGAUCAAAUGGGUAACUCAAAAACCCUACACACUCUUCUUUUCUCGAUCAUCCUUGUUUCAUCUCAAAUCGCAACGUUGAGUUUCCCGAUCGAGAUCUCAAUACUACACGAUCAAGAAACCGAGGCUUCAUCAGGAGAAGAGGUCUUGGAACUAUUCCAAAAAUGGAAAGAGAUACAUGGAAAAACGUACGAGCACGCACAAGAGGAGGAGAGCAGGUUAGUAAAUUUUCGGAGGAGUUUGAAAUAUGUGUUGGAGAAAAACUCAAAGCGGAAAUCGGAGAAGGAGCACAUGGUGGGAUUGAACAAGUUUGCUGAUUUGAGCAACGAAGAGUUCAAGGAAACUUAUUUAUCAAAAGUUAAGGGGUCGAAUUCGAAUAAAUUAAAGAUGAAGGGUGAUGGAAUAAAGAAGAAUACAACAGCAGGUGGGGAUUCCUGCGAUGCUCCUGCUUCUUUGGAUUGGAGGGAGAAAGGAGUCGUCACUCCAAUUAAAGACCAAGGACAGUGUGGAAGUUGUUGGGCCUUCUCUGUGGUUGGAGCCAUCGAGAGUGCACAUGCAUUGGACACCGGGGAACUCAUUAGGCUCUCCGAGCAGGAACUCGUUGACUGUGACAAUUACGACUACGGGUGUAACGGCGGAAACAUGGACACCGCCUUUCGAUGGGUUAUCAAAAAUGGAGGAAUUGAUACAGAAGCAGAUUACCCAUAUACCAGUGGAAAUGGUUAUGAUGGUAAAUGUAUCGUCUCAAAGGAGAACAAUAUAGUUGUAUCAAUUGAUAGCUACACAGAUGUGGAACCAAAUGAAAAUGCAUUGCUUUGCGCUGUGGCAAAGCAGCCUGUUACAGUUGGUAUAGUUGGCUCAGCUUAUGAUUUCCAACUAUACACUGGGGGUAUAUAUGACGGGGAAUGCUCGAGCAGCCCAUACGACAUAGACCAUGCGGUGCUUGUUGUUGGUUACGGUUCACAAGAUGGCGAAGACUACUGGAUUGUGAAGAACUCAUGGGGUACAUAUUGGGGCAUGGACGGAUGGAUUCUCAUGAAAAGAAAUACUAAUAUAAAAAACGGGGUGUGUGGGAUCAAUCUAGAACCGUCUUACCCACACAGUUCUGCCCCACCUCCACCGAGUCCUCCAUCACCGCCAUCUCCUCCACCUCCUCCGCCUUCUCCAUCGAGCAAAUGUGGGGACUCCUAUUAUUGUGCUGCAGGCCAGACAUGUUGUUGCAUCUUUGAGUUCUAUAACUACUGUUUAAUCUACGGUUGUUGUGGUUACUCUAAUGCUGUGUGCUGCAAAGGGUCUUCCUAUUGUUGUCCUAACGACUAUCCAAUCUGUGACAUAUAUGAUGGAUAUUGCUUUAAGAAAUCUGGAGAUAGUGUUGGAGUGGCUGCAAAGAAGCGAGAAAUGGCCAAGCGCAGGAUGCCAUGGGAGAAGAUUGAGGAGACACUGGUGGAAGAGGAUUUAGCUCUACGAUGGAAGUGAAACAAGUUUAAAGCAAUGGCAUAAGAAGACGGAAGUUUAUUUUGAAUUCCAUUCUUACCGAGUAACUUGUUGCAUUCGAUAUGUUUUGAUGUACUAAAAUCUUACGUAUCAAAAUAAAUUAUAACGUUGAAUCUUAUCUGUAAGCACUUACCGGAUAAGCAUUUAGAUAAACAGCCCUUUAGACUA